AUGUUGUUUGAAGCACAGAGGAUAGACCAUAUUCUGUGGUGUGUCCCCGCAGGAGCGGGCACCACUCUACUGGGUAAAGAAGGGGCCAUGGCCUGUACUGUGGCUGUGGAGGAGAGCAUCUCAGAGCACUACAACAGCCAGAUCAGAGCCCUCAUGGAGGAGGACCCAGACAGAUACGUAGAGCUGUUAAAAUUAAUAAAGGAAUUCCGAGAUGAUGAGAUGGAACAUCAUGAUACAGGACUGGAGCACGAUGCUGAAUCUAUACCCGGAUACAAGCUUUUGAAGGGUGCAAUACAACUUGGCUGCACAGCCGCAAUAUUUGUGUCUCAGCGCCUAUAAAGUAAUCAUUAAUUCAGUUUCUCAAAGAUGGUUUUCUAAAGAAUAUAAUGAUUUAAGUGAUGUAAAUGGAUUUGUAAAUUGUAUUAGUAAAGUGAACCUUGCUACUUUAUACAAUGUAAUAGUCAGUGCACUUUUCCAAAAAAGGACUCCCAUCAAAAAUAGUUGUUUUGUCCAAUUGUAACCUAGAUGUUGUCAUUUACUUCAAUGCUAGCACUAGCAGACAAACCAUAUAGGUACCAGCUCAAUGCUGAAACCUCUCCGAGUUGGCAUCCUAUAAUAAGCAAGUUGUCAAAGAGAUAUUGGUGGGAAAGUUGGUGUAAUUCUACCCUCUGUCUGGUCUAGGUGACGGGGAUAGUGUGUUAUCCUGCUAUACUAAGGUAUUGUGGUCAUCACUGACAGAGCUGGAACCUACCUUCCUUAUCUAGAUCAUUUUGUAACAUCAUUGAUACUAAGUAAUGUACUACAUACUGUAAUUACCUAUCUGUCAGGUUUAAUUGUUUGAAUGACUAAUCACCUUUCCACUGCAACCCCCCAUGCCUUUGUUAUUCCCCAAAAGAUACAUGUCUAACAUAUCUCUACCGAGGACAUAUCGAUAAUGGCAUUGUCACGCCAUCACCAUACCUUUCAACAAACUAUCCUCUUUCACACAUUGUGUCAUAAAUCACAAUGAACAAUGGCUUGUCAGUCCAGAUGAAUGGUUAAGCCUCUUACACAGCUGUUCCAGUACAUUAGAUCAGAGUGAAAGAAGGAUUGACAACUGACGGGUGCUGGCAGGGGGGGGUCUAGCUAAUCUAUGCCGUUCAGCGCUGCAGAGAAAAGUGUCCCGGUGGUUCAGUUUACUCCCCAGAGACCCCUGUACUGACUAUAGGGAUUGAAGUGUCCUUAUAGUAUGUUCUAUACUGAUGUAAUGCCUGAGAUCUGCCCUAGCCACUUCAGAUGCAGUGUAUAGUACACAUCAGUUAGCAUAGAGAGACGUAAUGACCUUCAUUCCACGUGCAAUGUCUACGAUAGAAUGUAAAGUAGCAAAGAGAGAAUACAAAGUAGCUGCGUUGUUGUUGGUGCAACAAAGAGGGUUUAAAGGAACAGUGUGAUAUCAUGUUUUUGACAUAUUAUUCUUCGACAGUACCGAUCCUGCUCUGUAUGCGAGGGUGCCUCUGGCAUCCAAGCCACAGCCCACUUAUGUGUUUUCUGCCCCUGCCGGCCCAUGAACAGCCCGCCGAACUGUUUCCGCCCCCAACCAAGGCCCAUGAACGGCCCGCUGAACUGUUUCCGCCCCCAACCAAGGCCCAUGAACAGCCCACUGAACUGUUUUUCUGCCCCAAUGUCGAGAGACAUGCUUUUGUCUUGACAUGAGACUACUGUAGAUGUCUGAAAAAAUCUAACAAACUUUAAUUUGGAAGUGUAACGUCGCUUUAAACUUCACUAGGCAUUGUGUGUAUGUGUGCGUUUCGCCACCUGUACCCCAGCUGUUUUCUGCCCCUACCGGCCCACUAAGGAGUCAUUUCUCACUGGGGCCAGGCUGCUGGUUCUCAGGCAGGGAGUUAUUUUCCCCAGCAUGAGUUCAGAGGAGUUUUUUUUAGAUGGGGUGGGUUUACA